AUGGCGGAGGAGGCGGCGGUCUCUGAGGCGGCGUUCAGCCUGCAGAGCAUUACCAUAACUGAUGAGGCCAAAGAUGAUUAUCAGUAUGAAGAGGUUUCAGCAGAUGAUGAGAUCAGUCUUCAUGAAGAUGAUGAGGAUCUGUCCAAAGCUUUGCAGAAUGUUCAAGAGCAGACUGAAAAUGCCCACGUUUUAGCUUUGCAGUCGGUUCUGACUUCUAAGAAAUCGGUAUCAGAAACACCUCAAGCAAUGGAUGACUUCUUCUGUAAUUUCCUGGUCAGACUGGGAAUGUCUAGAACCCUUGACUGCUUCCAGACUGAAUGGUAUGAACUCAUUGAGAGAGGUCUGCUCACAGUUGAGGCUGCUGGGCUGGUUCCAGAUGUGUACACCCGCAACCAGCAACUGGAGGCUGAGAAUGUGAGCUUGAAGAAAGAUCUGGAAAACUACAAACACUCUGUCAAUAAAAAAGAAGAGGCUCUGCUAAAAAUGCAGAGAGAACGAGAUUUCCAUCGAAUGCAUCAUAACCGAGUGGUGCAGGAGAAAAACAGGCUGAUUUCUGACAUGAAAAGGCUGAAGGCACAUUAUGCAUCCUAUGAACCAGUGCUGAAGCAGCUGUCAGAAAAAUACCAGAAUUCACUGACACAGAAAAUGUUAACCAGUUUGGAGAGAGACAAAGCAAUGGGGCAGGUUACAGGUUUGCAGGCUGCCUUAGAAAGUUUAGAGUCCGGAUAUAAUAAGCAGAUCCCUGAGACAAAAGUAGGCCAUGAUUGUACAAGGAAGAAAGGAUUUGAAGGUCCCACCCAGAAAGCUCUUCGGGAAGCCAGGCAGCAAAAAUUCCAUGUUGUUGCAAGCUCUUCCUGUGGUCCAGAUGAUGAUGCAGAGAAGAAGAAAAGCAGGAGAGAUCUAAAGGAUUCAGAGUUCCCUGUUGAUGCUGAAGGGAUCCCGUACUUGGAGCAGGCUAAAGAGCACACUCAGCCCCUGAAAUCUGGGCAGUAUGAACUGAGCAGCAUUUUGAAGGUGCACGACUUUGCAGUGAGCUGCUUGGCUGUACACCCCCAAAAAAAAAUAGUGCUGAGCGGUGGCGAUGACCGCCUGUGGAAGACGUGGGGCUUCCCUGAUGGCAACAUCCUCCUGACAGGGGAAGGGCACACGGAUUGGCUCUCAGGAUGCUGCUUCAGGCCCAGUGGCACCCAGCUGGUGACAUCGAGCGGGGACACCACGGUGAGGAUCUGGGACCUGUCGAGGCGCGGCUGCAUCCUGACCCUGCGGGGCCAUUCCCGUGCUGUCCGGGGCUGCUCCUGGCACUCCUGCGGGGACUUCGUGGCCUCUGCCUCCAUGGAUGGCACCAGCAAAAUCUGGGAUGUUAACAGUGAGAGGUGCAGAUACACCCUGCGUGGCCACGAGGACUCGGUCAACAGCAUCGAGUUCCUGCCCUUCUCCAGCACCGUCCUCACCAGCUCUGCUGACAAGACCUUGUCUCUCUGGGAUGUCAGAACUGGUCUUCGUGUUUACACAUUCCAGGGUCACGUGCAUUCCUGUAAUCAUGCUACAUUCAACAAGAAGGUAAGUUGUGCAUGCAAAUUUCCUUUUUCUCUUCCCUUUAACCAUCAUGUUCCUUGCUCUGGCCCAUACUGUCCUGCUCCUUGGUGACACAGAGAGCUCUGGGGCUGAUUCAGAAUCAGUGGUGGCUCAGAGUGGCC